AUGGCUGAAGCUUUCGUAACUUUAACUGGUGAAAUUCAAGCAAAAUCUCCAGCUAUUUCAUUUAUAAAUUCAAAUAAAGGAAAACCUCUACUAGUUGCCGAUGAAUAUACUUUUAAAUUGAAUAAAGCAACAACGACUACUAAGUAUUGGAUAUGCACUAUCAAUGGUUGUGCAGCUAAAGUGCAUACGGAUUCAACUAAUCUAUUGAUGAAAACUGUUGGCAAUUAUAGUCAUCUUCCAGAAAAAGAAAAACUUGAGGUUCGUGAAGUUCGUGAAAAAAUAAAACAACGAGCUAUAAAUGAAACAAUACCUAUUCCACGUAUAUAUGAUGAAGAAUGUGCAAAAGCUAUGUUAUCAACUACUGCAAUAGCUAUCUUGCCAAGUGAACGUGAAAUGAAUAGUGGAAUUAAUAAAGCACGUCGUGCUAUUACACCUAUAAUUCCAACGACUCAAGUAUUUGAUAUUCCUGAGUCUUUUUCGAAAACUUUGAACAAGAACGAUUUUUUAAUUACUGACAAGAUGAUAACAAGACGCCAACGAAUACUUUUAUUUUCAACAAGUGAACAACUAAAAAUGCUUUUCGCUGCUGAAACAGUAUUCAUGGAUGGCACGUUUUCAACAUGUCCAAGCAUGUUUGAUCAAGUUUACACAAUUCAUGCAAUAAAAUAUGAUCAGUGUGAGUAG